CGGGUCUCACUUCUCUCUUCAAUUUGGCGACGGUGGCUUCCGCUUCGGCUCCGGGAGGAGCAGCUGCCCGCUCCUACGCUUCCGUCAUCAGCUUGGGCAAAGAUGGAGCGACUCCAUCAGAUCUUUCCUUCGCUACUGGUAAGGAUGUCGCUCUCCUACCCCCUAAAGCUCCCUCCCGUUUUAAAGGCUCCCCGGCCGUUUUCUUCUCGGAGACCGACGUCUCCACCCUCGCUGCUCAACAUCCCUUUGCCUUAAUAGGCUUCUUUCCUCUGGGCAGACCAUCAAUGAUUUCUCUCAGGAAAUCAAUUGAAGGUCUCGGUUUUUCAUACUCCUUUACUAUUGGUUUGAUUGAUGAUAAGCAUGUUCUUAUUGAAUUUAACUGUGAUUCCGAUUUCCAACGCUUUUGGCUAAGGAAGACUUGGUUUUUUAGCGGUUUUGAAAUCAGGGUUUCCAAAUGGACUCCAGAUUUCAUGCCUAACACCGAUUCCCCAAUUACCCCCGUUUGGAUUAGCCUUGACAGUCUUCCCAUUCAUUUAUUUGAAAAAUCUGCACUAUUUUCAAUUGCUAGUUUGAUUGGAAAACCUGUCAAAAUAGAUGUAUCCACUUUGAGGCUAUCCCGACCUUCCAUGGCAAGGAUAUGUGUUGAGUUGGAUGUAUCUGUUAAUCUACCAUCUAAAAUCUGGAUUGGUAAUGGCUCCAAUGGAUUUUUCCAAAAUGUUACCUAUGAAGAAGUUCCCUUAUUUUGCAAUGGGUGCAAAACUUUUGGUCAUUCUCUGAAAAAUUGCAAAAAAGGGAAUCCCAGUACCUCAUCUAUACCAAAUAAGGCAAACUCCAACCAAAAAUGGCUCCCUAAAACAUUAUCUGCUGCCAAAAUUGGCCUGGGGCAUCAAUUAAAUCAUGAAAACCAGGCUGUCCUUGAACCCCCAUUGACCUCCUAUGAUGCGGUUGAGGAGGAAAAUCCUGAAGAGAGUAACACUAAUGUUAAAAUGGCAACUACGAUUGCUAAUUCUGUCCCGGUGAUUGCUGUCCCUGAACUAACUGUCCCUACCAAAACAACAAUCCAAGCUACAAUAAAUGUUGUGGAGCCUACUGAAACUGAGGUUGUUGUCCCUGAGUUGGCUGUCCAUGAUCUUGCUGUCCAGGCCAAAACUACAUUCCAAAGUCCAAUAAAUGGUUUGGAACACAAUGAAACUGAGCUUGAAGAUCUGGAGCCUCCACCUGUCCAUACUCCUCCCUGCACGCAAUUUUUAGAGGAUAUGGUCCCUACCAAUACAGUUUCACGUGAUAAGGGUUUGGAAACUACAAGAGCUACUGAAAUUAUCCCUCCCUUGUCCAAUGAUGCAAUCAAUAACAGUAAGGCAGAAGGGUCUAAAGAGGCCUCCCCUUACAACAUUCUAGCUGAGGACACCCCCUCCCAAAUCAAUCCUUUAAAUGAAAACCAAACUAUCCAACCCACUAAAUAUUUGGUUUAUCCUGAAUCUCAACAGCAAAAUAGUCCUGAUGACAAUGAACCAGAUACUCUGUCCCUUAUAGACAUACCGGUUGAAGAGGAAGGUUUCACUCCGGUGGUCUCGAGGAAAAAUAAAAAAAUUAGCCACCAAAAUGAACUCACAUCAAAUCAAGUGCCAAUAAUAUAUACAAGGGGAUACAGUCAACAUAUACUAACAAGGAGCAAAGCCAAGGCGGGUCAAACAGAGUUUGAAUUCUAUGCUUAUCCAGAAGAACACAAAUACGAAUCGCCGCACAAACUGGUGCAAGGACUGGGCUGGUACCGCCAAGCACAUCCUGAGAAGAACAUGUAUCCUCCAUAUAUUCAAAGGGCGAUCAAAUUUCAUCACAGAUACAACAAAGAACUAUCUAUAAAGGCCGGUCUCCCCAACAAUUUUAACUACUCAGUAAACUACUAGACUCUAUUCUCUUUUAUUUCCCUGCAGCUUAUUUCUUUUACUCUUUCUCGAGUAGGCUUUGGUUUGGCCCUCCUACUCUUUGUACCUCUUUUUUAUUAAUAAAUCGGUGAGGAAUUCCCUAGCAAAAAA